UAACAAGCAUACAUUAUAAAAUAUAUUUAUUAUAUCUAAUUGAUUUAUUUGUGUUUAUAAACCAGAUAUAAAUCUAGAUUAUUCGUCUUUGAUGCUGAAGCAUACUAGAGUAGUCUGAAUCUAGAUUAUCAGAAUGUGGCGGUCAUACAAGUUAUUAUUUGAAUGGACAGGCUACUGUGCGGUCAUUAUUUUUUUCAUGAACAACGACUACAAACUGAUACAUGGAGAAGAGAAUGAGAUGCUCCUAGCGGCAAACUGUUGUUAUGUAGAUGACAUGUGCAUCAAAUUUGUUAGGAGUUAUAUUAAUGGCUCGUAUGUAGAGGAAAGCUGUGAGGAUCCAACACGUGUCAAAUCUAACCCAACCACGAUUGAACAGCUUUUGCAAAUCAGAGAUAACUGCUCUGGGAUACGCGGAUUAUAUAACAUAGAGGCUACAAGAUAUAAUGAUACAGCGUAUUGGUGGACAGCGGAUAAAAGUGUUAUCCUUCCUACGAUGAUGUUUUUAAAAGUCAUUCCAGAAGAUCAUUUCUGUGCACUGUAUGACAAAAACCAAGCCAAAAUAAGAACGUCUAAUUGUAGAUACAGAUCCAGUUAUAUGUGUAUAUAUUCAGCAGAAGAAAAAGUAUUUAUAGAAGAAACAACACAGCCACCUCCAAAAGUGUGCCCAGGUUGCUUAGCUCAGAGUUGUCUAACUUGCUCUAUAGAGUGUGAGAUGGGCUUUUAUGGCGAGAAAUGCGACUCAGUUUGUAAUAGCUCCUGUUUGUUACCGUGCAAUAAAACAUCAGGUUCUUGUGAGCUAAAAGCUCCGAACACUACAGUAAAGCCAUGUGACGCUCAUUGUCUCAAUGAAGAUAUCUGUAAAAAGCCUACAGUACCGUGUACGCAUGGUUGUGUUACAGGCUACUAUGGCGGCAGAUGUGAAAUAGCCUGUCAACCCUUCUGUAAAAAUAACAAGUGUGAGCAGCAGAGUGGUUUAUGUGAUGAGGGUUGCACUGAAAACGCUACUGGCGCCGAAUGUGGGAAAGAAGAAACUGCCAAAGAAGUUACCGAGGAAAGUUCCAACUUACUGACAUUUAUAUUGAUCCCUGUUCUUCUUAUCUUGGUGCUAGCCGCCGCCAUGACGUCUAUAUUGUUCUUUAGAAAACGGCAUCAUACCCGACAUGACGCAGAAGAUAAUCGUCGGGUUAAGAAAAAUAAAAAAAAUACGGAGGAAGAAGACGAAGAAGACAGUUUAGAGCUAGAAGAUGAGGAUGACUAAUGCACCCCACAUCACACAUCACCACACGUCACACAUCACCACACGUCACACAUCACACUGUUCUUUCCACAUGUUGUAUAUAUCAAGUCCCACUUUCAGAUGUAGAGGCCUCCGAGGCAGAUGAUGUAAAUUUCUUAUGUAUAUUUAUUUUAGAAUGUAAUGUUUACAAAGUUUAAUUAUUUGCACAAACGUUUUUGUCUAGGAUUGUCAGUUUUACGUUCGGCUAUAAGAAAACAUAAAGAGGAAAUGGAAAUAUGGUUCGUUAUUGAAGUUGUGUACAUAAUGCAGGUGUUUUAUUUAAUGGCGAUAUCAAAUAAAUUGUGAUGAAACUUUUA